AUGUCAGCCCCCAGACCCGAUCACCUGGGCUUGGGCUACUCGUCGCAUCCUGGUGCUACUCAGGGCCGCUCCGGCUCGCCCUCCUCCAACAACAACUCCCCCAUCGACGCCUCCGCUUCCUCAGCCCGCUCGCACUUUGCUCUCUCCUCUGGCUUGAACUCUACCGCCAUCAUGGCCGCCAACUCGCGCUCUGGCGCCGGCUCCCCAUCCCACGAACUAGGCGCCUCUAGCAGACUCUAUUCUAAACGCGCUCGCGAAAUUCAAGCACAAGAAGGCAUUUCCAGCAUGCCCCCUCUAUAUCCUUGGGGCGGUCCUCCCACUAGCGGCAACUCGACGCCUCUGCGAGAAAAUAUCCCUGAAUCGCCCACCGAUGGUUUUCCAGACUUUGGCCAGCUCCCAACUCCCGACAGCAUGCCUCAAACCCGCCGCGGCCGAGCUGGCACUCUGCCCUCUAGACUCACCACCCCAAGUGGCCUUGGGGCUCCUGGCCUCCUCGGUGUUCCAAACCUGCUUUCUGCCAAGUCUGCUCGUGCUACUCCGUCACAGAGCCCUUUCAACAAGUCGCCCUCUCCCAGCCUCGAUCACCCCGAAAACGGUUCCGGCGCCUCUGCCCUGCUAUCCCGCCUACGAGCUGGUUCGCUUCCCCAGCGAGCCAACUUCUCCGCCGCUCCCGGUACCGCACCCUCUCCCUUUGGGCCCUCCAUUUUCAGCAGCUGGAAUCCCUCCACUGGUGGCCGUGAGCGUGCUUCCACACUCGCCAGCAUUGCCAGCGUAGGCUCCAAUGUCCCCAGCUCCCCUGCGCAAUCCCAGUUCUCUCGCGAGGGUGGCGAGGCCUCCGAUGCCCACAUGCGUACCCUCGACUAUUUGGGGCUCGCCGAGACUCCUCAACCCCAAAUUGCCACUCCGUUCUAUGACUAUAGCAACCGACAAAACAGCCGCUUCCGCUCUUACUCCGUCAACAACAAGGAGCAGUACGGCCGCGAGGAAGAAGUAUACGAGUUCGAGGGUGAACCCGUCGACAGCCGCUACGUUGCAGCUCUAAAGGACCAGCUCGCCGCUACCAAUGCCGCUAUCCACAACCACAAUCUCGCUGUUCAGGCCUUUGCGAGCCAGGCCUCCAACCGACCCCGAGCUCAGACGGCCAGCGUACUCGAUGCUCCCCAGAGCCGCCUUAUGCAGAUCCACAUGAAUGGUGUCGGUCCCGCCAACAACCUUAACGCUGCAGAACGACGCCUCCAGGAGGAUAGCGCCUAUGAUGAGCUUCCCCAGGCUGUCGCAGGCCUCAACCUUGGCCGAUCCAACAGCCGCAACGCCGGAAUGCUUGGCCCUGACGAGCAGGGCCUCGACGGUCCCACCAGUGCUCUCUGGCUCGGCGGCGUGCCUACAUCGACCACCACCUCGACCCUCAAUGAAAUGUUCAAGUCCCAUGGUCCGAUUCUUUCCGCUCGUGUUCUCACUCACAAGAACUGUGGCUUUGUCAACUUUGAGCGUGUCGAGAGCGCCAUCUCUGCCAAGGCUAGCAUGAAUGGAAAGGAAAUCUUCCCCGGCGCUGGCCCUAUUCGCAUCAACUUUGCCAAGCCCCCUUCUGCGUCCAACACCCCCGGUCAUGACGGCGCUUUCCCUUCUCCCAGUCCCGAUCCGUUUUCCAAGGGUGAGGUUGCUCAGACCGGUGCCAUUGGUGACGCUCCUGUAUCAUCGGCUACCCCCACGGUCCCUCCUCUACCCGACAUGACGACCGAUAUGCUCGAUAUUAUCUCUCAAUUCGGUGCCUCUGAUGCGGACACUCCUCAAGUCUCUCGCUGUAUCCAGUCCGCCAUUCAGUUUACUGCCUUUGCCGAUGAGAUUCCUCCUGUUCGCGAGCCCACGCACACCCGCGUCCACGAUGCGCCCAAGCUGCGUGACAUUCGCAAGCGCAUUGACAACCAACUCCUGUCUCAGGCUGAAAUCGAGAACAUUGCCGUCGACAUGCUCCCUGAGAUUGCCGAGCUCUCUUCCGACUAUCUCGGCAACACUGUGGUUCAAAAGCUCUUCGACAACUGCUCAGAUCAAUUCCGUGAUGCCAUGCUCGCCGAGAUUGCCCCUCAUAUGGCUGAAAUUGGUGUCCACAAGAAUGGUACUUGGGCAGCUCAAAAGAUUAUCGAUGUCUGCAAGACUCCGGCUCAAAUGAAUAUCGUUGUCGACUAUCUUCGCCCCUAUACUGUCCAGCUCUUCCUCGAUCAGUACGGCAACUAUGUUCUUCAAGGCUGUCUCAAGUACGGCGCUCCCUUCAACAACUUCAUCUUUGAGACCAUGCUCAGCCGCAUGUGGGAGAUUUCUCAGGGUCGCUAUGGCGCUCGUGCCAUGCGCGCCUGCUUGGAGAGCCACCAUUCUACCAAGGAGCAGCAAAGGAUGCUCGCCGCCGCCAUUGCUCUGCACAGCGUACAGCUUGCCACCAAUGCCAACGGUGCCCUUCUCCUCACUUGGUUCCUCGACACGUGCACAUUUCCUCUGCGCCGCACCGUGCUCGCGCCGCGUCUCGUCCCUCACCUCGUUCACCUGUGCACUCAUAAAGUCGCUUACCUGACCGUCCUCAAGGUUAUCAAUCAAAAGGCCGAACCAGCAGCUCGCGACACCAUCUUGCAGGCUCUCUUCUUCACUCCCAACGACCGCAUCCUCGAGGCUAUCCUCAAUGAUCAGUCUUGUGGAGCUACUCUCAUCUUCAAAGUGCUUACGACGCCCUUUUUUGACGAGACGAUUCGCUCGCAAGUUGUUGAGAAUGUCAAGAGUGUCCUGCUCAAGAUUGGCGCUCAGCCGAACCAGGGAUACAAGAGGCUGAUGGAUGAAGUUGGUCUCUCGACCCGCACCAGCAGCGGCACUCCCAGCCGCGAAACAUCUGCUCCUGCCGAACCGCGCCGACCCGUUUCGAGACACACCAACGGAGGCGGCAACCAGCAACCGCAGCAGCAGCAUGCUGGCAAACCAUUCUAUAAUGGCAACUCUGCCGCGCACAACCCUGGAUUUGACACGAGCUACAAUGGUCAGAGAGUUGAAGGCGGUGAUCCCAACAUGGGAGCUUACCAGCAGCAGUACAAUCAGAAUUUGAUGUAUAGCCCCCCUAACGGGCCUAUGCCUCCGAGUAUGGGCAUGGCCCCUAUGCAAUAUCAACAGCCCUUGAUGAACAGAGGCGCUCCUCAGGGCAACUACAACUAUCCCCCGAUGCAGGCUCCAUAUGGCGGAUUCGUCCCGAGCCAGCCAGGUGCUGACCACUUCCGCCAGAACAUGGUCCAACCCAACCCUAUGCAAAUGCAGGGCCAGGGCCAGUAUGCUCCUCCUGGUUUUGGUAUGGGCAUGGGCGGCUACGGAUAUGGAGGCGUGCCCGGUGUCCAGGGCAUGGGCUAUGUACAGCAAGACCAGGGGAAUGGUCGACGUGGAAGAAAAAGGGUCGAAAUCGAAUCGUCUGACAGAGGGUUACCAGCCCUCGAUCUGCCUCUUGUCCUUGAUGAUCAACGCAUGCCAUAG